AUGGCCCGACGCCGGUUCCCCGGGCCACCGGCCCUCCUCCCCUGCCUGUCCCUGUUGGGGCUUGUUCUGUUGCUCACGACGCUGGCCUUCGCUCGGCCACCCCCCGGCGAUGCCCCCGCGGCCCCGGCUCCGAAGCACGCCGGAGGGCCCCUUGCCCGGCCACACGCGGCACCGCGAGCCGCCUGCCCGGCCGAGUGCACCGCGUGCAACGAGUCCGGCUGCACCCGCUGCCGGCCCGGCCUAUACCUGCACCUCGGCGAUCCGGCCACCUGCACCGACACCUGCCCCUCGGAGCCCUACACCGUCGACGGGGUGGCCUAUUGCCAGCCGAAUCUCGUGGAAAAUUGCCUCUACUACGCCUCCACCGGGGGCCGGUGCGCCGAAUGCAUGACCGGCUUCUUCCUGGAGGGCCCGUGGUCCUGUCGGCCCUGCUCCACGCUCAAUUGCUACCACUGCGACCCGGGCGGCCGGUGCUUCGGCUGCCACCCCGGCUUCUACCUGGCCGGCUACGACUGCCUGCCCUGCUCCUCCGGCUGCACCCAGUGCUCCAGUGCCGGAUACUGCACGGCCUGUGCCGCCGGACACUUCCUCCACGAGGAUGCCUGCGUCAGCGCCUGCCCACCGGGCCACGCGCCCGGGCCCGAUCGCCAGUGUGUCCCCUGCCCCAGCAGUUGCACCUCCUGCGCCGCCGGCGGCGUGUGUACCGCAUGCGCCCCGGGCUAUCACCUCACCGGGCAGGCAUGUACCCCCUGUCCGGCGGGGUGCUCCACCUGCACCGGGCCGACCGCCUGCACGGCCUGCCACACCGGCCAUGUCCUCCACCGGGGUACCUGUGGCACUUCCUGCCCGGGGGGCUUCUUCCCCGACGCCAAGCGGGGCAUGUGCGCCGGCUGUCCUGCCGGCUGCGGCGCGUGUGCCGGCCCCACCGGCCCAUGCAGCGCCUGCCAGCCCGGCUUCUUCCUCCACCAGCGCGCAUGUGUCACCAUAUGCCCGGCCGGCUUUGUCGAGACAAACGCCCCGAGCGGGCCCCACUGCGCGCCAUGCAGCGCCGGCUGCCUCGCCUGCGAGGCCGCCCUCCAUGAUGGCGCCCCCGGGCGCUGCUUCACCUGCCAAGAGGAUCGCUACCUGCACGAGGGCCAAUGUGUGGGCUCCUGCCCGGCCGGCACCUUCACCUCCGCCGAGGGCAACCGCUGUGACACCUGCCCGGCUGCCUGUGCCCGGUGCACCGCCCCGCCGGCCGCCCCGCCGACCGACGCCACGGCCCCCGCCCCGGGGACCGACAUCCCCCGGUGCUCGGCCUGCCGACCGGGCUUCUUCCUGAACGACUGGCAAUGUGUGCCCUCCUGCCCGACCGGGACCUUCCCCAGCGGCGAGCGGUGCCUCCCCUGCGGCCAGGGCUGCUCCCGGUGUCAGAGCGCCAAAAUUUGCGAAAUGUGCGAGCCCACCUUCCACCGCCACAAUGACGUCUGCAUGGAAGCCUGCCCGCCGGGCCACUACAACACCCACGACCUCUCCUCGGGCAAUGUCUGCCAGCCCUGCUUCAACCUGUGUGCCGAGUGCAAAGGCCCCAAUGUCAAUGACUGCACCAAAUGCCAGGCCCCCUUGACCAUUCGCCAGCCCAUCCCCCCGGUGUCCCCGCCCAAGGACCAUGGCGAUUGCGUUCCCGACUGCAUGAACGACCCCUCCCAAUGUGUCGAAUGCGGGCGCGAUUGCGAACUCUGCCGCCGGGCGCCCCACGACCCGGCCGUCAUCGAGUGCCUCGUGUGCCGCUACGGCCUGGUCACCCUGGACGGCAAUUGCGUCGAAGAGUGCCCCCGGCGGCAUACCCUCCUCCUUGGCGGCCAUUGCGCCCGGUGCUCGCCCACCUGCGGCGACACCUGCAGCGGCCCGGCCAGCACCCAGUGCAUGUCCUGCCCCAAGAACAAGGUCCUCCAAGCCGGCGAAUGUCGCGAUGCCUGCUCCGCAUUCGGCUGGUUCGCCGACUCGUCCAUCUCCUGCGCCCGGUGCGACCCCUCCUGUGCCCAGUGCCAGGCCCCCGGGCCGAAUGGCUGUUCGGCCUGCCCGCGCGGGUCCCUGCGUCUGGCCGCCGAGGUGCCCCCGGCCGGGGCCGCCGCCCGGCCGGCCGGGACCAUGUGCGUGACCAGCUGCCCGCAGGGCAUGUUUUCGGAUCUCGCCCGCGGCGAGUGCCGCCCCUGCCAUGGCUCCUGCCGCGAAUGCAUCGGCCCCGGCGCCGACAAUUGCCUCUCCUGCACCAAUGCCGAGGACCUCCUCUUCCGGGGGGCCUGCAUGGCCGCCUGCCCGGCCGGGCACUUCGCUCCUGCCCGGGCCCGCGCGGCCGCGCCCAAGGAUGCCGGUCCUCGCCAGUGCGAGCCCUGCCCGACCGGCUGCACCACCUGCGACCCGGCCCCCUCGGACGCCGGCACCAAGACGCGCUCGGAUCUCUCCUGCACCAGCUGCUCCGAGGGCUUCCUCCUGCUGCCCGGCCCGCCCGGGGAUUGUGUCUUUUCCUGUCCGACCGGCUUCUGGCCGAAUGUCCCGGAGCGCCGGUGCAUUCGCUGCAGCGCCGCAUGCAGUCGCUGCAUCGAGCCACACGGGGCAUGCACCGUUUGCGCCGAUCCCAACCACCGGCUGCGCCCGUCCACCGGCCGGUGCAUUGACACAUGCGACCCGGCCACCGAGGCCGAGGGCAUCUCCCCCACCGGGCAGCUGUCAUGCCAGCCCUGCCACCCCACCUGCCAGGGCUGCCUGCGCCCCGGCGACGAGGCUGCCUGUGUGGCAUGCCCGGUCGGGCGUCACCUCCAUGCCGGGGCCUGCCUGGAGGUCUGCCCUGCCGGGUACUUCACCGCCCCCGAGGCCGGGGGGGUCUGCCUGGCCUGUGUCCAGCCAUGUGCCACGUGCGACGGCCCCACCCCGGCCCAUUGCCUCUCCUGUCGCGGGGACCUCCUCCUGCGCCAGGGGUCCUGCCACACGGACUGCCCGGUGGAGGAGCAUUGGCUCGACGCCGCGGCCCGGGUGUGUCACCCCUGCACCGCCGGCUGCGACCGGUGCGACCGAGCGGGCUGCACCGCCUGCAAGGCCGGCCUGCUGAUGCUCCGCCUGGAUCCCCACACGCGCCGCCUCAACACCAGCGCCACCGUGGCGUCGGCCGUCACCGAGCCCAUGACCACCUGUGUCCAAUCCUGCCCCGGGGGCUUCUACCCCGAGCACUUUGGCGGCCAGCGCAUGGCCGAGUGCGUGCCCUGUGCCCCGGGCUGCCACACGUGCACCGGCCCCGACGAGCACCUCUGUGAGCUGACCUGGUGCCAGGCCGACAUGUCUUGCAUGUCCACCUCCCGAACCACCAUUCUCGGGGUUUCGGUGGGCCUGUGUCUGCUGAUCCUCCUGCUCGUUGCCGGGACCCUUGUCUACUUUCUUGUGGUGAAACGGGCACGCCUGGCAAAGCCCCCCGUCCUGGCACCGGCUCCGCCCCCUGCCGCGGACGACGAGAAUAGCACCAUCAUGAACACCGUCCUCGAUCUUGCUCUCCCGGGAUUCCUCCUCCUCUCGUACCACCGGGAUCUGCGCAUCGAUCGCAAGGCCCCAAGCGGCUGCGGCUCGCAGGGCGGCGUCUUCCCGGUGGCCGCCCUCAGCAGUCGCCUCCUCGAGUCCGCCAAUGACACCCCCCUGGUCAUCAAGAUGCCCAAUGAUGCCCCCCAAAUGAACAUGUCCGUCACGCUGGUGCAGGUCCAGGCCAUGUUCAAGAAUGAGCUCUCCAUUCUCUGGGCCCUGCAAAGUUCCCCGAAUGUGGUCAAGCUGUUUGGCUACACCGAGGACCCCUCCACCCUGGUCCUCGAGCGGUACCAGGCCGACAUGAUGAACCUGCUCGACUCGACCCCCGGCCCUCUGGGUGGCGAUGAUCUGUCCUCCAUUCUCCAAGGUCUCGCCGCACUCAACCACAUGGCUGCCGACAUCUUCUCCCUCGGCGCCGUCAUCUGGCAUCUCCUGUCCCACGCGCGACCCUGGAACGGUCUCCUCUCGUCGGACAUUGCCACACGCGUUCAGUCCGGGGAGCUACCGGACUCCUAUGGGCCCGGCCUGCGCCUCGACGCACCCGGCCGCCCGGCCCCCCCGCCCAUCGCACUGAAGGCCCUGUCCUUGCUCCACUCCCUUUGGGCCUUCGAUCCCGCCUCGCGGCCGCUGGCCUCCCACGUGUCUGCCCAGAUCCUGGCACCGCCCGAGUAG